AUGGCGGCAAUAUCCUCUGUUCAAUGCUUCUUCUCUUGCAAUUCUCAUCAUCAUCGACGCGAGCAGAGUGGGUCGCUUUGGAGACUGGGUUCUAGGGUUUUAACAACUUCGCUUUCUCGCUCGUUUUCUGGAGUGAAUUUGAAGCGAAGGAGAACUUUGAUUUGUGCAGUCAAGGGAGAUGCAGAGGGAGCGUUUAAGAAGACUGUGGCACUCGAUCGCAUGAUAGAUGCUCUUAAAGAUGCAAACCAAAGAGAACUUGAGAAGCUUGUUGUUGAAAAUAUCCUCGCUUUUGAUGAGGUUUUCUGGAUAAGACUCGCGGCAAGGUCGGAUACUUGCAAAUCAGAUGAUGACAAGAAGGACUAUGAGGAGUUAGCUGCAACAGUGAUGACUAUAGUUGACUGCGUCGUGAAUAAGACUCGGGAAAAGAUAGAAUCGUCUACUGAUGUUCUAAAAGGGAUUCUAAGACCCGUUGUGGAAGGAGUAGAAGAAAUUUCAUGGCCUCCAAGAGAUCCUCAAGCCAUCCAUCAAAUGGAAAAGGAAGUAAUACAACGUGAAAAAGAAGGACAAUUAGAUGAAGGGUUUCUUUCAGAAGUUAGUGCUCAGCUACGGCAGGCAAAAGAAGAUAAAGACAAACCAGGGCUUGCUGCUAUGCUUCAAAAAGUUCUUCAACUCUAUGCUGCUACCAUUCUCUCCAAGCGUAGCUACGCAAAGAAAGGGAACGAAGUUGUAAAAGCCGAGCAUUUUCUCGAAACUCUGAUCAAAGCUCCUGAGGAACAAUGGAACAAGCUUUUCCUAGACGGCUUAACAAUCGGUAAAGGAGAAAUCACACCUGAUGAGAUCUCUGCUGUUAUCAAGAAACGAAUCGAGCGCACGCUUAUUCGAACUGAAGGAGGCUCAUACCAGCAGCGAAUUUUGGUUGAGUAUCUCAAAGGGAUCGAGUCCAGGGCUAAGGAACUUGUGAAUUUACUUCAGGGUUAA